GUGAAAUUAUGAACACUCUCUCAUCUUCUGGUUCAUUAAAUCAUUUAACUUCUCCUGCAUAAUGAAAAGUUCACAAUAUCAAUAUGAAGUGAACAAUAUAUUUCACGACCUCUUACUAGGUACACAGGUACAACGUAGUCCUACUCCUUGUCCUUCCAGUUUGUUGCCAAAAUUGCAGAAUGGUGCUUCCGUUUCCGAAUUUGUAUAUCGCUCCCGUGCCCAGCGACUAUGCGCUGAGGUGUAGGCCGUGGUUUUGGUCCUUUAGCUUCAUCUUGUUGCUAGAGGGUUUGCUGAAGACGUUCGGCGUCGGGUUGCCCCUCCAACGUCCGGAUGUCGCUGGCGGGUUCAUGACGGUGGUCAUCGCCGGUGUCGGCAUAUACACGCUGCGCGAUAAGUCAAUUGACAUGCAAUGCCUGCUCAGUUGGGGUACCUUGCUUUUUCUAGUAGUUAUCUAGCUCUAGCGCAACAAAACUGCAGUAGUUUUCUAGUAGUUUUCUAGUAGUUUUCUAGUAGUUAUCUAGUAGUUAUCUAGUAGUUAUCUAGUAGUUAUCUAGUAGUUAUCUAGUAGUUAUCUAGUAGUUAUCUAGUAGUUAUCUAGUAGUUAUCUAGCUAUCUAAAAUUGAGAAAGUCAUCCGAAACACCAAUAGAUACUUAGUCAUAUGUAUGAGAAUACUAGCACUACACUUCUCCUCAUGUCAAAGAUUCCCUAUUAAUAAACACCAAUAGAUAGUCAUAUGUAUGAGAAUACGAGCACUACACUUCUCCUCAUGUCAAACAUUCCCUAUUAAUAAACACCAAUAGAUAGUCAUAUGUAUGAGAAUACUAGCACUACACUUCAAAGAUUGUUCCCUGCGACUAUUGAUCGCACUCCUUCUCUCAACACGAUGAAUACCUCUGAUGUACAAUCUAUCAGGUGUCAUGUGCCUUAUUAAUGGAAUUCUUUCGGGGAUCCUGCUGGUCGACAGUACCGUAAAAGGGCGUGCGGGCCCCCUAUUUGUACACUCUAAAGAAGAGCUGCAUGGCUUUACGUCUAAACCCAAUGUGAUCAUACACAACUUCGCUUCCGUUGUCCGCAUCGCAGCCGUUUUGGCCAUGCUUUUCACUGCGACUUUGGUUUUUAAGGUACUCUCUGUUCUUGCCUCUCCUAUUUAAGGACACCUUUUUUUUCGAAAAAUCAAUCGUACCCAAUAACUACAAUGUACUAUGUUGACUUCUCGUUUCUUUUCCUCCACUAUCAAUUGAUGCUCUCGGGGAGGAUAGCAGUAUAGUAGACUACUACUUUACUUAUACUUUCUAAGGUCUCUGUCCUGUAAUAAGGAAUCUGUUCAUCUCAUGCCAAUGAGAUUUUUGACUAUCUAAGGAUCAAAAGCUUAUACCCAAGAAACUCAGCAUAGAUAGAUACCAGAACUGCCAUCCUCCCCAAGAGCAUCAAUUGCAUCUUCUCUCUAGGUGUACAGCACAGUGAUGGAUGCAAUUGAUGCUCUCGGGGAGGAUAGCAGUGACGAAAUUGCAACCCAGCGUUUAGUCACCGAGACCGCGGCACGAAUCGCACCAACCUCAGGCCGUUCUCCGGGACGCGGCUGCACCUUUAUUCCCUUCGAGGGACAGGGCAAGCGGCUGCCGACUAACGUUAAGGCCCCUUCCCACAACUCUUGAGAAGCAUCCUGAGACCUCCGUUUUAGAGUAGCAGCAGAACAAGAAAUAGUAGAUCCUAGUAUUGUUUUUGCAGGAUGCUGCACCAUCUCAAGAUGGUAUGGAAGGUCUAAUUACGACUCUAGUGCAGACGAGGGCACUGGUCCCACAAAAAUCACAGGCGCAAAUAUUUCUGGUGAUGCAGAGGAUGAAGGCGUGGAGGUGAAGCUUGUGAAUAAGCCCGCUUCAAAGGUAGUAUGAGUGCUAGUGUGAUAAGGACAACAAGAACAGCAUAAUUUCCUAGAACACUAGCGCCUUAUACUCGCAAGUACAGAAGAACCAGAAGCAUUGACGUAGCUGUAACGGAGUAAAAAGGAAGUGCCUAAUAGGCAUCGAGACGUAGCAGAGUACAUACCAAGUAUCCGAGACUGAGUUGUUCUUCUUAUGCAACAAAGCUUAAAAAUUCACACUUCUGAGUAAAAGAAAAUACCAAGUGCAGCACGUGGCUUAUUAGAACGACUAAGCAGUUCUGAAUGGCAUCUUCUGCACAUCAAAACAAGUAAGUAGACUAGCAUUUAUGUUCUUUUCUGCGUAACAAUUGAAUAUUUCUGCGUAACAAUUUCUGCUGUUGAGAUUGUAACUACAACUGUAUAAAAGAAUUGUCUGGGGAAUCGAUGAUCAUGCAAUAUUUUAACAGAAAAUUAUCAUCAAAGAAAAGUGCAUGAAGAUCGUACUAUGCAACGAAAAUAUAUACACCAAUACUAAAACUUUUGACUUUAUUAGAUUGCAAGGGAAAAGUACUUGUGCCGGUUGGCGAUAGAAAAAUCGAAGCGCGGUGGGGGGCGUAUUAUUUCCACUUUUCAGGAGGUGGGAAUCCAGCUAGCUGUCGUGUUGAAAAGACCUCUGGUAUGAGCUUCUUGUGUAGAAGCCAGCGGAAAGGCAGCAAGGCUGGCUGAGCCUUUCCUGCGGAAGCUAGAAGAAAAGGGUUAUUUUUUCGGUAAUCUGAGAAUGGAGCUUUUAAUGAUGGUUGCCGACCUUCUUGCUCAUUCAUUACGGUGUUUCAAAGUUUGCUGGCAAAAUUGAUGUUUAAAACUUUUCUCGUUACUUUCUUUGCCCAGAUGAAUUCUUCUCAUGUUGAUUAUGUUUUCGCUCGUGUCUUCGUUCUCAGUAGAUGUAUUUUCAAGAGGCUGCAAAAAUGACC